UGAAUACUGAUUAAUCAUUUAAAAUAUUAUACAGUAAAAUGAAACUAAAUGCUUUCAUUUGAUUUGUUUUGUGUUUCUUAAUCUCUGGUCAGAGGUAACCUUCUGAUGGUGAUAGGAGAAAGAAGCUUAAUUGAACCGAUUCACUAUUUCGAAGCGCUCGAAACACCACAUGCUGGCGGCAUCUGCUGGCCAAAUCGCUUAAAAUAAAACGAAAACUCAGCCCAAACAUAAUGACACCUUUUACAAACCAAUUGCAAAGUUUAAUGAAAGUGCAAUCUAUUAAAUGCAACAAUUAAAUACCAUUACUCUGUGUAAAAUUCGUGUUCUUUUGUUUUGUGUGUUAUUAUCAGGUAGGGACAGGCCGAUUAGAAGCAAAGAUCGUUCUCCUUUAUUACUAUACACGCAUAGACCUACAUAUUAAAAUUCAUUCAUAUUCAAAAAUGAACUUCCAUUAUAAAUCUGACCGUAAUAUUGGACACUCGUUCAUGGGUUCACCAGAUCAAAGUCAUCUGGCGGCGAACCAUCGGAAUGUUCAACACCAAGAUUCGAAUCAGAACGACGUAACGAAGCCUCGCGAUUUGAGGAGUUCGAUACAAGCUUCCAAUCACUGAUUCGAGAGAUUCGUAAACAUUUCGAAGCUUCAUGAAGCACCACUGCCUUUCCACAAAAGAAACUAUUGUCUUCAGGUAACAUCUGCACGGUUUUAUUUUUUACAAUGUUUUUGUUUUACAAUGAUUGGAUUAGACUAUCAGUUUGAAUAAAACACUCAGUUGUGGCUCGGCUAUGCUGAGGCAGUAACCUGAAGCGGACUUGCUCGUUGCCACGGAAACGGGAUGCGGGUUUGAGACUGAGAGAGUCGGUUUGAAAGCAUCUCCAGCUGCGUGCGGAUGUAGCGACAUCCUACUAACCUACAUUACAACCUGAAAGAGGCAAUGGCUGCCGACGGAAGAUCUGCCCAUUGACAUAUGAUGAUCUACUGCGACGAAACGAAACAAAAAAGUCCAAUAUGAAGAGUAUGGAGCAGGAAUUGCAGUGUCCUGUGUGUAAGGACAUUGUGAAGCAGCCUAUUGUACUUCCCUGCCUGCACAGCGUCUGUCUCAUGUGUGCCUCUGAGGUGCUGGUUCAGAGCGGGUAUCCCCAGCCCGAGCUCCCCCCGGAGCCCAACUCGCCCGCUUCCACCCCCAACACACGGUCCCCACGGCAGAUACGCAGACCCAUGCCUAAGUCUGACCGCGUGGACCGCCUGUUGCGCUCAGGUUCUGGGACGUACCCAGGCCGCAGGCGAAAGGAAGGCCCUCCACCUCUCAUGCUUUUUCCUUGCGUCCCCUGUGGACGAGAUGUAGAACUAGGUGAGAGAGGACUGGCUGAGUGCAUGAGGAACCUUACACUGGAGAGAAUUGUAGAAAGGUACAGGCACACAGUGAGCUUGGGCAGUGUGGCUGUGAUGUGUCAGUUCUGUAAACCCCCACAGGCCCUGGAGGCCACUAAAGGCUGUACUGACUGCAGAGCCAGCUUCUGUAAUGAGUGCUUCAAACUCUACCACCCCUGGGGCACUCCACGCGCCCAGCAUGAACAUGUUCAGCCCACCCUCAACUUCAGGCCAAAGGUGUUGACAUGCACAGAACAUGACCAGGAGAGGCUGCAGUUUUACUGUAAAUCAUGUCAUAUGCUUCUUUGUUCACUCUGUAAACUGCGUCGAAUGCAUGCGGGUCACAAGAUAGCGCCCGUCACCCAAGCCUACCAGACUCUUAAGGACAAGAUCACCAAGGAGCUGAACUACAUCCUGUCCAAUCAGGACACGGUGUUGACUCAGAUCACACAACUGGAGAAUGCCAUCACUCAAACUGAGGUGAACAGUGUAUCAGCCAAAGAGCAGCUCUCUCACUGCGUGAAGGAGAUAAUGGCGUUGCUGACCGAGCGGCAGACAAUGCUGGCCCAGGCUCUGGAAAGCUCACGGCAGAGAAGGGCAGAGGCUUUGGCCAAUCAGGUGGCCGAAAAACGGAGCCUGCUGGAGCACGCCAGCCUGAUGGCUUUCGCUCAAGAGCUGCUCAAAGAAAAUGACCCAUCGAGCUUUGUGCACGCAGCCAGAAUAACACACAACAGAUUGGCGCAGGCUAUUGAAUCUAUGCAGCGUUUCUCUCUCUCCGCUGAUCCUUCGUUCCGACACUUCCAGCUUGAUGUUUCCAGAGAGCUCAAACUCCUCACAGACCUGAACUUCAUUCAGGCCCCUCUCGCUCCUGUGAUUGACACCCAGCGAACCCUCGCCUACGACCAGCUCUUCUUGUGCUGGCGGCUGCCUCAAGACUCCACUCCUGCCUGGCAUUACUCUGUGGAAUUCCGGCGGCGGGGGGUGGUACCAGGGGGCGGGGCCAGAGGGGGGAUUCGCGGGGGAUUGGCUGCUGCUCGUUGGGGCUGGCAGAGAUUGGAGGAGGUGACCGGGACCUGUGCGGUGAUUGACAGGCUGGAGAUGGACAGUGUGUAUGUGCUGAGGGUGAGAGGCUGCAACAAGGCCGGCUUUGGCGAAUACAGUGAGGAAGUAUAUUUACACACACCACCAGCUCCAGUGUUGAAUUUUUACCUGGACUCUCGUUGGGGUCUGCACUCGGACAGACUGGUGGUGAGUAAGGAGCAGAGGUGUGCUCGCAGUGUGCCUGGUCUCUCCCUGCUGCAGGCCGCCGAUCGGGCCCUCACUUCCUGUCACCUGACAGCUGAUCUGCUUGUGGGUGACGUGGCCAUAACGCAGGGCCGACACUAUUGGGCAUGCUCAGUGGAGCCCGGCUCAUAUCUGGUUAAGGUUGGAGUGGGCCUGGAGUCCAAACUUCAGGAGUGGUUUCACCUGCCUCAAGAUAUGGCUAGUCCAAGAUAUGAUCCAGACAGCGGCCAUGACAGUGGAGCUGAAGAUUCGUCAGAUUCUCCUCCCCCUUUCUCUUUCCUCACAAUGGGCAUGGGCAAGAUCUACCUGCCCUCCUCCGCCAACUCCCAUCACACCAACGCCAAUUACCGAGAGUCUGGCUUCACUAAUGGCAACGGGCCUUCAUCGCCAACUGGCGUCACCUAUCCACUGCCUCCGAGACUAGGAGUGUGUCUCGACUUUGAGAAGGGGCGUGUCACGUUUUACGAUGCCCACUCUCUCCGCCCACUAUGGGAGGGGCCUGUGGACUGCUCCGCCCCUGUGUGCCCUGCUUUCUGUUUCAUUGGAGGCGGAGCUCUGCAGCUACAGGAGCUGGUAGCCAAUCGUAAUGCAAAUCAAACCCCUGUAAGACGUGUCACUAUUCAAUCACGUGUUACGAAACUGAACUGAACUUAACUUUUGUAAUUCGAUUUUAGAGACAGUUGUUUUUAAUUGCUCCCAAUAUCAAUCUCUGCUUAUUUUUCUUUUUGUUUUGAGAGGCCUUUAUUGCUGCACUGCUUGCUGAAUCACUGAUGAAUUAUUAAUUUGCUGAUGCCACCUAUAUACCCAAGAAAACUAUUUAAAAUGCAUAUUCACCUAUAUAUACACACACAAACACAAUAUAUAUGCAAAAAUAUAUGUUUCCCAACUUAUAAUCAGCGACCUCUCUGUUCCAAUGUAGGAAAUGUGCCUCAGUUUUUUUUAUACUAGAUUCCUCCCACACUGCGGAUAUUGUAGUGAUAUAAUAUACCUUGUAUUAAAGUGUUUUUUGUUUAUUAAUCUCCAAACAGAGCAGAAAUUCCAGACUGUUACACAAGGCUUCAUUUUGUAACCCACAAUACAAUCGUAAACAUCUGCUCUUUUAACCUCUAGCCAUGUGCUUUCAGGACAGACCUGUCAAAACUCUCUCAGCUGUCAACUGGAGCAUUUACAAAGAUAUUUAUUCAACAGACGUCUAAUGCCAGACCAAAUGCUUCUCGCUGCUGUUUUUGCCUUAGAUGGUUAAGAAGAAUUUUGAUUUGUUGAAAUAUGUGGCUUCUAGACUGCAGUGGAUAUAUAAAAGGACUUUGUCUGAGAAAUUAAUUAGGGCACACUUACUUUAUAGCUUACACAAAUUGUUGUUUUGAAUUCCCAUAUGCUAUUGAACAAUUGGAAAAUAUUUAAAGCUAAAUGAAUUAAGUGAAGCUUCUUCUUAAGAAUGAAAAUCGUCAAUGCAAUAGAAAAGUAUGCAAAGUGCACUGCUUUGCUUAGUAUUUAUGCGAUCGAAGGUGUAUGUGUGUGUGCACUAACCCCACCAUUAGAAGUCACCUUAUGCAAAUUCAUACUGAAGCUUGUAGAGAAUAUUUUUUAAGAGUUUGACUCAUGCGCUUGAUUUCAGUCCAGCCCAAAGCUGUGCUUGCCUGGAAUGGCUUUAGUGUGUAGUUUGAAUCUUGUUGGAGAAAAUGGUGGCUUUUGCCUGCUGGUAAUAAAUAAUUCUAAUAAAUAAUUCUCUAGUCUUAAUAUCAUUCACAGAUUAUACUCUGAACAAAUGAUGUAUUUCUGUUUUCUAUCAGUAGGGGGCAGCAGUUUAUUCAAAAACAUGUGAGCUCCGGUCCUCUUGCAAGGUGGAUUAGACUUGAACUUCUGCAAAUGCCUCCAUUUAGCUAAACAUUUGGCCAUCAAAGGAAUUCAGGUCACAUAUGAAAACAACAUAUAGUGGGCCUUCCAUAUGCAUUGGUGCAUGGCUCUUUUAUUUAAUUUUUAUCAAGCAUACGAAGAGAAAAUGUGCCAUUGUAGAAGGCCAUGUCCUUUGAAACUAAAGGGAGAUCUGGUGACCGGCAUGGCCCCCCUGUAAAGCUUGAACCCCCAAAGGAGGUCACAGACAAGGAUUCUUUUUACUUUCAAGUAGCCAUAUUAUACGUAUGUUUCAACAGUUUUUACGUGUUCUAUUAAUCACAAAAGAUUACGAAUUAGUCCAUUUGCGUUAAAUUGUGUGCAAAAAAAACAAUACAAAACAAAAAAACCCAAAUCAGAUAAACACAAAGUUUAUGCACUGAAAUCUCAUGAAGCAGCAACCAUAGCUGCACAAUCGCUGAGUACUGGACGGUACGUCAAAAAAAAAAAAAAAAUUUAAUACAAU